UUAACAAGUCCAUGCUAAUGGAACGAACGGUGAACUUGUUUUUGUAAUAUCGUUCAGCUUUUUCGGUUGCGGCAGUUCAUUACAGUUUUGUGUUUUGGUUAGUUCACAUCGCGAGUUCACUUCUUGCCGGCUACGACGAUGACGAUGACGAUCCAAGGUCUAUUGUUGGUGACAGCAUUCUGCGUAGGUGCACUCGCCAACGAUGUACCACUGAACAAAGGUAAUGUCGCAUCGGAACUGAGUCGCGUCCGGAGAAACCCUCAGCAAAUUCAAAUGCCCGGAUUCCCGAAUUUUGCACCUCCCGGUUUCGAUAGUUCGCAUGUCGUUUCCCAGGAUACCGACAGGAACAAGAAUGGUUUCGUCCAAACUACUAUUUACAAAUCAGAGAAUGGUUACGGUUCAUCAUCAGUUUCUGUUUCCCGAUCAGGAGCCACUAUGAUGGGUACAUCAUUCAGCUACAUGUUGACUGUGCUGGCCUUAUUACCAUUGAGACGUUUUACUCGGUUGUAGAAUAUUUGUUAAGUUUCGAUAUGAAAACAUGUAUUUUUGAUAAAAAUUUGAACGUAAACCAAGCAA